CUGCUGUUUUCGACUGAAGCAUUCGAGAGAAGAAUUUCCGGAAAAGACAUCAGUGGAAUGUGUGGCUGGAAUGUCUUCGUCCCAGUUUCCACCCGCAACUCCACCGGCCAAUCUGCUACUAUUCCCGGUGGACCCCACCGUCCACAUUUAUGUCGUACAGGACCAUAGCAUAUACAUAUACAUAUACAUAUAUACACGCACGCACACAGUGUGUGUGUGUGUGUAGAGUAGUAGUACUAAAUUAUCUUUCUUCUGCCAUGGGGUGGUCAAUUGUCAAGGGCUUGCGGGCGGAAAAGGAAAAAGAAAAAAGGGAGAAAGGAAAGCCAUUGAGUGUGUUUUCAAGCUUUUAAGGCUGGAAUCUGAUAAUUCACUAACCCCUUUUAACUUUCAGCAUUUGUCCACUUAUUUGGCGACAUGUACAGCAUAAGAAGAGAGAUUGAUUAAACAAAUGCGGCAAUUUCUGCUCCGAUGUAAAUAAUACUACAUGUAAAAAUUUACCCUGGCGUAUCCUGUAGUCCUUUCUAUCGAUUGAAUUUUCCUGUUCUUGAAGAACCCCGGCUGCUGCAUUUGACUUUCUGAUUAUUGUCUAUCGUCCGUUCCGUUGAAAUGGGUUCAUCAUCAGAUCGGUUGUUCAACAGGCAGGGAACAGUUCAUCAAAUUCUUGGAGGAGGGCUUGCUGCAGAUGUGAUACUGUGGAGGCACAAGAACUCAAGUGCCGGAAUAUUAGUUGUAACUUUAGCAGCUUGGGUGGUCUUUGAAAAAUCUGGCUAUACAUUGAUAUCCUUGGUAUCGAGUGUGUUCUUGCUUCUGUUGACAAUUCUCUUUUUCUGGGCGAAAUCUGCGGCUAUCCUCAACAGACCUGCUCCACCUCUGCCACAUUUGCAUCUCUCAGAGGAAAUGGUUAACGAUGCAGCGGCUACUAUACGCAGUCACAUAAAUAUGUUGCUCUCAAUAUCCCAGGAUAUAGCACUGGGUAAGGACUCGAGGAUGUUUGUUAAAGCUGCGGCAUGCCUGCUGCUCAUCUCUGCCAUUGGUACCUUUACGGAUUUCCUUUCACUGGGCUACAUUAGCCUAGUUACUCUUCUUACAGUUCCUGCAAUUUAUGAGAGGUAUGAGGACCAGAUUGACAGAUUUGCAAUUUUGGGCUACAAGAGAUUGAGGCUGUUGUAUGACCGGCUUGAUAGAGAGUGUAUUAGCAGGAUUCAGAGUUUAAAUUUGGAGAAGAAAAAGCUUAGCUGAUCAUCCUCACUAAAGAAUGUUUCGAGUCUUGAGGUCUUGCUGUUUUCUUUUUUCUCAUUUUUCACACAUCGCAUGCUUCUUAAGGCAUCAGAGGACUAGGUUGGGAAGAAUUCUCUCCCUCAAACUUGCAAAAGUGCGCUUUGCCAGAACUCAUUUUCCCCCGUCUGUUUCCAGUCCACUAUAUGCACUUCAAGGACCUCUCGAAAGGCAGGUCUACACUCGUGCAUGACUUGAGGGAGUCGCAACUCACACGUAUGGAUAUUAUAUGUUCAUGGGAGAGAUUGUUUAUUCUUAAUA